AACCGUCAUUUUCCUACUCGCCCUCUGACAUCAGCCACCUUCUCUAUAGCUACAGUUUCUCUUCAGUCAAACUGAUCCCUGGCGAUGAAAAAUGAGCCUGUCCCCCACCCGUCCUGCCGCCUUUCGCCUCACGCCCCCAGAGAAGAGUUUCUUCGUGAGGCAGCCGGUGAAGGUUUUUUUCCAAGUCACAUGAUCCAGGAUGCAGGGGAAGAAUCCUUCUUGGAACAGAGAUGGGCCCAGAACCGAAUCAGAUGAGGAGAGAUAAGGUGUGAUGUGGGGAAGCCUAUAUAAGAAUGGACGCAGGGCUGCCGCGAGCACUCAACCCACUGGCCCCGUCUCACGACACAGCCAUGCAUGUGCCCGCAGGCUCCGUCACCAGCCACUGGGGAGCCACGGGCCGCGGGUAUUUCUGCUUCACCACGGCCUCGCUGGCUCUGUGUCUCGUCUUUGCUGUGGCAACCAUAAUGGUGUUGGUAGUUCAGAAGACGGACUCCAUUCCCAACCCGCUGGGCCAAUUCCCCCUUAAAGGAGGGAAUUGCUCAGAGGACAUCUCAUGUAUCCUGGAAAGGGCUCCAUUCAAGAAGUCAUGGGCCUACCUCCAAGUGUCAAAGCAUAUAAACAAAUCCAAGUUGUCUUGGAACAAAGAUGGCAUCAUCCAUGGAGUCAGAUAUCAGGAUGGGAACCUGGUGAUCCAGUUCCCAGGUUGGUACUUCAUCAUCUGCCAACUGCAGUUUCUUGUGAAAUGCCCAGAGCAUUCGGUAGACCUGAAGCUGGAGCUCCUCAUCAACAAAGAUGUCAAAAAGCAGACGCUGGUGACGGUGUGUGAGUCUGGAGUGCAAACCAAAAACAUAUACCAGAACCUCUCCCAGUUCUUGUUGGAACACCUUCAGGUCAACACCACCAUAUCGGUCGAGGUGGAUAAAUUCCAAUAUGUGGACACAAACACCUUUCCUCUUGAGAACGUGCUGUCCGUCUUCUUAUACAGUAGUUCAGACUGAACCACCCCUCCUGGCCUUUGGGAAGAAAGCAGCUCCCCACCACACAGCACUUAUCCUUCCAGACACUUGGGGAAAAAAAAAAGAAAACUUUAGGCCAAGACUGAAAAACACAAAGGGAAUUAAAUAGUACACUUCCAUCCCCUGGGAAGAUCCAACUCAGGGUUAAAAAGAGAGUUUUGAGUGAAGUAUCUUCCAGACAGAAGGCAGGGACGCAAUGUGGCAUGGUGGACAGAGCCACACAUGGGAACCAGGAGGCAUGGGUUUAGGCCCAGCCCCAUCACUAACUCACUGUGUGACCCGGAGCCAGUCCUUUCCCUUCCCUGGAACUUGGAUUUCAUGUCAGAAAAGCCAAGGGGCUGAGUUUUAAUCUUUCCAAGUCUCCUCCAUCUCAGAAGAGCAGCCUCUCUCGUCACAGACCUGAGAACUAAGAUCCCAGGUGCUGUUCCCGAAGCCCCCCGCCAAAGGAAAGGGCCCCACAUUGGCACUUAGUGACAGCACUUCGUAGCCUUCCGGCUGUCACGUCACCUCAGCAGAGUCGGGAGUUGGGGACGAGGGGCAGGGCACCUUGCUUGACAAACGGAAUCAACAGUAGCAUCUAAAGUCUGCGAAACUGACCCUCCUGCGUCUAUUGUCUUGCGGGUAUUUGGAAAACCACCCGGCCAGGCUUGACUCCGGCGGAACUGAGAGUGACAACAGGACAGCAACAGACAGCUUUUGUUUCCCGUCAGGAAAGUGCCGUGAGUUCGGCAGGCACUCAGCGCGCAUGCAGCCGUCACGGUGAUCAGCCGUUUGGUAAGAGAAGAGCGGCUGCUGUCUCCCACAUGAACUCUUUCCCCACUUCAAACAGCUCUCAGGAAACAACUCUGUGGAGGGUUUUUAAGGCCUCACUGUGUUGUUGACAGACAAUGACUCUGAAAAUGGUGAGGACUUCUGACGAACGGCCGCCUCCUCUCCUGAUCUGGAUGGCCAGGACAUUUCAACCUACAUUUACGUUUGUCCGUCUGUGAGGGAGCACCUUGUUUGAGAGAAGGACCACUGACUUGAAAUAUAAGCUCGUGAAGUUAUGCUUCAGAGGAAAAAGGAAUGCCUUAACUGCUAUGUAAAGGAAGGGAGUAAAGUUUGCAUUUUUCUCAGUCAGGAGGAAAGAAGAGAAAGGAGUCGGAACUCAGGGAAGUUUGUCAGAGAAGGACUAGAAAUGGUUUCAAAGAAGGGAAGAAAAAGAACAGCAGUGGUGGUAUGGAUGAGAGGAACUUCAGAGAAUAGAAAUGGCUAAGGGAAA